AUGGAGACCUUAUCAAGCUGCGUCCCCUCCACCCUCCACCUCAACAAGCUCCCCUCCUCCUCCCUGCAUCCCUCCUCCUCCUCCUCUCAUCAUCUCCACUUCAUCUCCCACCGACCCCCAACUGCUGCCACCGCCGCAACUGCCCCUAAUUUCCUCUCUUCUUCAUCCCUUCACUCUUCCUCGCCCUCUAAUUCUCUUUACGGCAUCAGCGGCAACGCCGACAAUUGUGCAUUAUCUCCUGUCAAGGUCCACAGAAAAGCCGCGACUGGCUAUGCCGCAGCUCUCAUAGACGCAGCUCAAUGCAACCAAUCCCUCGGACGAGUCGAGUCCGACGUCCGCAGGCUGUCCCUGUUGCUCCGCUCCGUGCAGCUCGGAGAAAUCUUUGGCAACCCUUUUGCGAGCCACGCCGACAAAGAAAGGAUUCUCAAGGAAAUAUCCAAGCAAGGGAGGUUCCACAGGCACCUGGUUGCCCUGUUGAAGAUGUUCAUACGCAAAAACCAUCUCGAAAUGGUCGGCGAGGUGUUGGAGGAGUUCAAGAGGAUCUACCGCGACAUGAUGAGUGGAUCGGGAGCAGCAGCCUUGUCAUUGCCGGCGAUGAAAAGGGUCGACGCCACUGAUGUAAGGAGAUCAUUCACGGUUGAUGAGGCCUCAGGAUCUUUUGCCAUGUGA